UGAAAUGUUACACCCAUAGAAUUGAUGGAAUGAAGGGCUUGGAUGAAUAUCUGAUACGAGCUGAACAAGUAAAGAAUAUUAAGCAGUGUGAAGAUCAAUGCAACGAUGAUGCAGCUUGCAGGGCCUUCCGAUAUCUUCCAAGACAUAGCUUUUGCUUUUUAUACAAACUACAACAAUAUAUUGAAGACAAUAUCAGUGAAAGCCAAUUUUAUGUAAAACGUUGUAUUCUAUGUUACAUGAAUGCAACAAAAAAUGCCAAAGGACGAGAUGAUGAAAUUCAAACAGUUUGGGAAGCAUCUUCGCUUAAGGAAUGUGAGAUUCGAUGUAUUAAAACUGACGACUGUAGUGCUGUUCAUUUCGAUGGGCUGAGAUGUUUAAAAUUUAACACUAAAACGGAACCAAUGCAGAAUACAGGCACUGACUUUUCUUCAAAGAUAUGUGUAGAGUUCAGCGAUAUAGCACUAGAAUAUGAUGGUGACAAAUACAAGCAAAACGGGAAUAGCUGAAUAAAAUGGAGUAGUGCAAAAUUAUUGAAUUUUGAAAGUUAAUUGAGGAAUAAAAUGUGUUGAGAAGAAGAAAUGCUAAAAAAACAGCUAAAAAACUCAGA